AUGCCUGUCUGCCUGCUCAUCUGUCGAAUCGACAGGAGAACCAUUGUAAACACAAAAACUGUUGUUUGUCUUCGAAAAACGAAAGUGCUGUCGGGCGGGACUAACACCGGAGUUACAUUUCCAAACCGGGGCCGGGCGUGAUAGACAAAUGAAAGUGUAGAUUCUUGAUAUAUACACAAAUGACUAAUUUGUUUUGUAAGUUUUGUUGUCGUGUGUGGUAGUGUGGAAAUGUGACCCUGGCAUAAUUAGGCUGAGUCACUUUAUUUCCUCGGCGUUUCUCUACCAGCCUGGUACCCAGACAUUUUCUCAGUAUAUUUGGACCAGUUUUAUUUCUAAUGCAGAUCUGAGGCAGCGGAGUUUUCUUUUUUUUUUCAGGUGGAGAGUAGAUAAGACACCAUGAAGACAGGGGUGCUCUUGACCUGUACCCUGAUGCUUAUGGCCGCUGAAGCGACUGGUCAAGUUAUCCGGCUUGUUGGCGGGAGCCACCCAGCCGAGGGAAGAGUGGAGGUCUUCCACGACGGCCAAUGGGGGACCGUCUGUGAUGACCAUUGGGAUAUGGACAACGCUGAGGUGGUGUGUCGGAUGCUCGGAUUCUCGGGCGCCGAGGCUGCACACGAUAAAGCACAUUUCGGCGAGGGCUCGGAUCCCAUCUGGCUAGACAAUGUAAAAUGCGAGGGUCACGAGACAAGUCUGUUUGACUGCAGGAACAGGGGAUGGGGGAUUGAAAACUGCGACCAUGAUGAUGAUGCUGGUGUAACUUGUACUAUUUGCACGGCUUCAGAUACAUCACUAUGUCACGCCGACGCCACGUGCUCAGAGGAAGGGGAAUGUGUCUGUAACGACCGGUUGAGAGGAGAUGGCACCGCCACAGGAACCGGAUGUCACGAGCCCAAUUGUUGGGAGAUCUACCAUCAUUCAGGAAAGACUGAAAGCGGUGUUUACAAACUCGCGAUUGAUGGUGUAGAUGGCACCGUAGAUGUGUACUGUGACAUGGAGACUGCAGGAGGCGGCUGGACUGUGAUCCAGCGGCGGCAGGACGGGUCGAUUGCCUUUGACAAGACAUGGGACGAGUACAAACAGGGGUUUGGGGACAAGAGCGGAGAGUACUGGCUUGGGAACGAAAUCAUCCACUCCCUGACCGACCAGGACGACACGGAAUACCAACUGCGAGUUGACCUUGAGGACUGGGAAGACAACGCUGUCUUUCAACUGUACAGUUCCUUCUCGAUCGACGACGAGGGAGACAAGUACCAACUUCACCUCUCGGAAACGGACGGGAAUGCCGGGGACUCUAUGAGCGACAACGAGAACGAAUAUUUCUCCACUAAAGAUGAUGACAAUGAUGGAUCAUCAAGUACAGAUUGUUCUGAGGAUUAUGGAGAUGACGGUGGAUGGUGGUUUUCAGACUGCGGCCCUUCCAACCUCAACGGAGAGUACGUGGACUGCCAGGAUUCUUGUGAGUACAAGCAAGGUGUGUUUUGGGACGGCUGGAGAGGCACCGAGUACUCCCUGAAGGCCGUGUCCAUGAAGAUAAGACCCCCCGUAGACGAAUGCAGUCUUGGCUGGGACAACUGUCACGAGGAAGCGACUUGCGAAGACACAACCUUCAGUUUUACCUGCACCUGUAACGAUGGAUACACUGGCAAUGGAUUCACCUGUACAGACGUGGACGAAUGUGAAGACAUGUACUUGUCACACUGUGAUGCACAAGCAACUUGCACCAACACUGUCGGCAGUUUCACCUGUUCGUGUAACGAAGGAUACUUCGGCGAUGGAGUCGACCACUGCACCGCCCUGGAGUUUCCCGACUGUGGGAUAGACAACGUCACCGUGUCCUGGACUCUACCAGAGGCGGACCUGGACAUCGGGGCAUACAGAAUCCAGUACCAGCACGAGGGAGGCCUGCUCCAGGAACUGUCCGGCCCGCCAGCAGCGGAGGACACCAUGGCGACUGUCUCGGGACUGUGGGCGAACACAGAGUACACUUUCACCGUCACUGCCCUAGACCAGGAAGGCCAGGAAAUUCUAACUGGCAGCGGCAAGAAAACUACAGAAGGGGUUGUGACCAACGUAGAAUGCGCUGAAGCAAGUAUGAAGCUGACGAUUCCACUGGCAGGGCUGCCAGGUGUGGACGUGAACAACAUGCAUCUGCAGGACGACACCUGCCAGGCUACUGUUACCGAAACAGAGGUGAUCUUGGAGACUGGGUUCACGGAUUGCGGGACUGUUAAACACACGAAUCUCGCCAAUGACAAGUACAUCUUCAUCAACGAGGCCAUCGCUCACCAGGAGACGCUGGAGAACGGAGUUGUGAGGGGGACAGCUUUCAGACAGAGUUUCCAGUGUGAGUUCAUCCAUCAGUUCGUUAUCUCUCAGGGAAGAGAGGUCAUGUACAACAUCCCUUCUCCUAGUGUGGAGGUUGUGAACGCCAAUGACGGUGUCUUGACCUUCAACAUGAACAUGUACCCUUCUGAAGAAUUCGGUAGUCCGUUCAGCUCCGAAGACUUCCCAAUGAUGGUGACUCCCUCUGACCGUUUGUACUUCGGACUGAGUGUGGACUCGUCUCUCAGCGUCCUGGAGCUCUUUACUCAGCACUGUGUCGCCACACCAACCAUGGACCCGGACGGAUCUCCACAAGUAAACAUCAUACAAGACGGGUGUAAAAUAGAACCGUCCUUGGAAAUGGAUAGCGAGCGCUCAAACGACAUGGCCGAGUUCUUCUCUGUGGAUGCCUUCAGUUUUCUCAAUGCCGAUGACUCCAGCAUGGUGUACUUCCAUUGCACCAUGCUAGUCUGCCUUAAGGACGACGUCAACUCCCGGUGCAAAGAGGGAUGCAUCCCUGCCAUAAGGCGCAAGCGUGCCCCGAGAGGGUCCCGAGUCCGCCGCGAGGGCAGCAGUUACAGUGCAGCUUUGGUCCACCUGGGCCCCAUCAUGAAGGAUAAGGGAGAAGAAUCAGCUCUAGCUUCAGCCGUCCCCACUGUUGGUAUAGCUGCCGGAGCUGUCGCUGGGUUUGUUGGCCUCCUACUAUUGGUCGCUGUCGUGAGUCACACGAGGAAGCCACGCGGUGUCCCAGGCACCAGUGGAAAGCCAGAGGAUCGUGUCGGACUGGACAACAACUCGUUCAUCAUGCAGGCGCAGAUGGAGCGGUGGGGACCCAGGCCUGCUUCGCGGCCUCAGUAGUCCCCAUUGGGGCUCGGUCAUAUUUGUCGUACGAUCGUUGUACGGCCGCAAACUUGAGAUCACUCUUGAGACACUAGCUAUAGACAAUAUAGUCUGACGUAAAUCUCUGAUAUCUUUCAUUCCAUUCAUGGUCUUUUCUACUAACAAAUCGAUCUUCUAUACAUUUACCAACUUGUCCAUUGUUAGAGCUGUCACAUCUGAAGAUAUAGCCAAGUUUCCUUCUCGAAUCUAUCUAAACUGACGACACCAAAACAGAGGAGACGUUUCCAAUAGAUUUCUGUAUUAUCACGAGGGGUGAUGAUUGUUCGCGGCCUCGCCCAGAAGUUAUGUUCACAACUCAAAAUACAGGGCAUAAUCAUUAAGAACAAAGUCUUCAAUGAAUGUCUUCUAAAAUUCAAAUCAUUGUUAUCAUUAGUUUGCCGGUAACGCUAGGUGAGAGAGAAACAUAUGGACAAUUGAGCUGCAGCUUGAGGUGUUCAGGACAACUUGCUUUUCGAAAAGUCAGAUGCCCACUUCUUUCUCGUAAACAUAUAGAGGAAAUCAUAAUCAAACAUUUUGACAAUUAGAAGAUUCCAUUUCAUUAUAACUUGACCUGGACAUCUCUGAUCAAAGUGCGGCCUUGUUUUUCUUGCCUCUGACUUUCAAACGGACGUCGUCUUGAAAGCACUGACCACAAUGAUCUGGUGACUAUCAAUAUAAUACUUUAUACUAUAUAAUGAUCAUGUUCCGAAAUUUACGUUGUUCACAUUAUUUAUUUAGGCCAGACGAGAACUUACUGAUCCCCCGUAUCUACUGUUUUUCCCUAUGUAACAGUACGAAUGCAAAGACUUGAAGAUAUUACCAAUUUUUUCCCCUUUUUUGGCACUUAGAAGACUUUAAAACGCGAUUAGUUAGAGAUGCUGGCAAAUGAGAUAUACCAUUGCUGCAGACCACAGUGCGAGACAAACAUGGCGGCCCACUUAUUCAAAUUUCAUGUAAGUCAAAUCUCCUGAUAGGCAGCACAGAAUUGUGCAAGUAAAUUGAUAAAUUGUACAGUCUUUGGCGAAUAUGGUAGCGUUAACAGGAGAAAGCUAGCUAUUUGGAGACAAAUCAGUAGACCUUUGGCAUCCAUUUGGUAAUUCGCCACGUUGGCCUCCAUGUUGAUCAUGACGGGUGUGAAUAAAGACUGGAAAGUCUCAGAAUAUAACGUUAGUUCACCUUUAUCCGAGGAGUAUCCUCAAUUGUUUUUUUGUAAAAAAAAACGGAGUAUUAUGUGAGUUGUUCAAAAUACAUCAUCAGCAAUACGGUCAGAAUUGCAAACUUGAGAGACUCAAGUGUUCAGAAAACUGUCUCAAAGUUUUAAUAACCAUGCACUAGAAGACGACUCGGUGAACGAUGCAUCUAAAUCGCAAUAUUUUGCAUCAACAGGACUAGAGAGAAAACAACACGUAUUUCAUGUACCUGAAAGAAAAUUAUGUUUUUUUCUUAAUGCCAGAUUUGUGUCAAUUGGCUCUUACCAAACAAUGUCACGGACAUGGGUGAACUAGCGCAAUACCUCGCACUGUGGAUUAGACAUAAAUUAUGUACUAAAUAGUAUAGAUACGAUUAUAUUAAACAAUAGGAUUAACGAUUUUAUCAACAAAUAAGGUUAAGGUUAUGGAUAGCUAGGAGAUAAAGAUCGAUUUUCGACACUGGAGAGGCCACAUUUGGUAGCAAAUACGACAUAUUUCUCUCAUCUCAAUCCCCAACAGUGUCGCACUCGGCGUACGUUAAGAGUGUUGGAAUUAUUUCAUGGAAGCCAGUGUGAUCACAGUAGAAUCCCAUGUGUGAUAACUCGAGUCAUCACCCGUUCGGAACACCCGUAUCGAACAUUAUUACGGUCUAGGUAUGCAGGUAUGAUAUAAAAUCUGUGACUGUAAAAAAAGUUUUUUUUGUGUGUCAACGUUGACUAGACAAUGAUGACUUGAACUUCGAAGGUCUCAUUGAAUCAGCCGUUUCAAAUAUGUCUAACGCAAACUUUUGAACGUGAAAAUUGAUGGCACCAGUGUUUCAGAAAUGUUUAAUUUAAGAAAGAAUAAUGUUAUUUAAGACAGUAUCAAGUAAGUAUGAUUAGAAUGUUAUUUUGGUGUGCGAUGUAUAUCAGGUGGUUAGGCCAUACUUAGUGUAUUAGCUUUAGGGGAGGGACCACCAUUUGACUUGCGCAGUAGAGUACCCGUAAAAUGGGGUAAAGACGUGAGGUUUGAAAUGCAGCUUUGUAGCUAAAUGUGUUUUAAAGUGAUAUUCGUCUCAACCAUGUGUUACAGUGGAUAGAGUUCAUUUGGUUGACCCUCCCGUCCGUUCAUUGCUUACAGUUACGAUAACAGCAUUAAUGUGCAAGGACUGAAAUGAAACUUCAUGUAUUUACAUGUCUGGCCAUCACCAUAUCAGGCAGAUUGUGUAGAUCAAUCGUGUAGAUUGUGCGAAACGUGAAGUCACCAUCUCGAUUUAACCGCACAGAUGUUAAGGCCAGGUGUACUCGAUUAUAUGGAUGACAAGAGCGUGUAAACUUUUUUCCGUUUCCAAAACAGCUGCAAACGGCUGUUUUGGAAACGGACGCCAACGUCAAUUCCAAAGUCAAAGGAGAUGCAAAAGGGAAAAAACAUUCUUUUUCGGUAUACCAUACCGAGUGUGUUUAGUCAUUUCUUUAACCUUCCUGAUCACAUGCAUUCUUCAUGAAGGCAAGUUUUUCCCAAACUUUUUCCUAUUCACGCUCGCAUCACUUUGGGAUCGCCAGAGGAUGUCAUCCAUGCAGUCAAAUCCAUAUAGUCUUACCAGCGUGAAAUAUCUACACUGCACAUUACAACUAUUAAAACAAAAAUGCACUCUUGUUUAUUCAUCAUUAUGUACCAGUCUUUAGAAAUAAAAUUGCAGCAAUGGUUUCAUCUUCAUACACAUUUUGUCUGUCUUCUUUAUA